GUGGUGGGAAGAGGCAAGGCAGGGUCGGCUCGGGGGCGGGGGAGCCGCGGCGGAGGUCGACCCGGGGGGCCCCGGCUUCGCUCGCUCCCUCCCUCCCUCCCUCCGUCCCCAGCCGCUGAGAGGCGAUGGCGGAUAUUGACAAACUCAACAUCGACAGCAUCAUCCAACGGCUGCUCGAGGUGAGAGGGUCAAAACCUGGUAAAAAUGUUCAACUUCAAGAGAAUGAAAUAAGAGGAUUAUGCUUGAAAUCUCGAGAGAUCUUUCUCAGUCAACCCAUUCUAUUAGAACUUGAAGCACCACUGAAAAUAUGUGGUGACAUCCAUGGACAAUACUAUGACUUACUUCGACUCUUUGAAUAUGGGGGAUUUCCACCAGAAAGCAACUAUCUAUUCCUUGGUGACUAUGUUGAUAGAGGGAAGCAGUCUUUAGAAACAAUUUGCCUCUUACUGGCCUACAAGAUAAAAUAUCCAGAAAAUUUUUUCCUCCUUAGAGGGAAUCAUGAAUGUGCCAGCAUCAAUAGAAUUUAUGGCUUUUAUGAUGAAUGUAAAAGAAGAUACAACAUCAAGCUGUGGAAAACCUUUACAGACUGCUUUAAUUGUUUACCGAUCGCAGCCAUUGUGGAUGAGAAGAUAUUUUGCUGCCAUGGAGGCUUAUCACCAGACCUCCAAUCAAUGGAACAAAUCCGGCGAAUUAUGCGGCCCACUGAUGUGCCAGAUCAAGGUCUCCUUUGUGAUCUGCUGUGGUCCGACCCUGACAAAGAUGUUCUUGGAUGGGGUGAAAAUGACCGAGGAGUUUCUUUCACAUUCGGUGCUGAAGUGGUGGCAAAGUUCCUUCAUAAGCAUGAUUUGGAUCUUAUAUGCCGAGCUCAUCAGGUGGUUGAAGAUGGGUACGAGUUCUUCGCAAAAAGGCAGCUGGUGACUCUGUUUUCUGCCCCAAAUUACUGUGGGGAAUUCGACAAUGCAGGCGCCAUGAUGAGUGUGGAUGAGACUCUAAUGUGUUCCUUUCAGAUCUUGAAGCCUGCCGAGAAAAAGAAGCCCAACGCUAGCCGACCGGUAACGCCACCCAGGGGUAUGAUCACAAAGCAAGCAAAGAAAUAAUCACUCUUGGCCCUGCCUAGUUGGGACUUGUACUAUAGUAUAUAAUCUCCAUUUUUAAGAAAAACGGUAACGUGUAUCGGUCAGCUUGCUAAGACUAGAUUAACGUGUUUGUGGUUUUUUUUUUUUUUGUUCACUUUGAUGGAUGGCAUUUGCUGGUUGUAACAGCAAAUGAGACUUUCUCCCUUCUCAAGAAGAGUUUUAAAAAAAUUCUGCAUUUGUUUGGAGAGAGAGAGAGAGAGAGAGAAACCCUUUUCCUUAUUGGUGUUUCAGCUGUAUACUUCACAGCAACUUAUCCUGUCAUGCCGGGUAAUUGUACAACUGACUCCUUGAACCUGUACAGAUGGGGUGGUGUGUGAUGCCUGCUUUUCUUUUAAGACUUAAGGAGGCACAUGAGUGUGCUACAAGACUAGGAAACUUAUUACUGUCAAAUUACAUAUUGUCUAUACAAACCACUGUGAAAGUAUUUUAAUUUGGGGGGGGGUGUUUUUUGAAAAGAUUUUUUUUCUUGUCAUGUACACAACUUGUCAACAUUUUGAAACCACUCCUCAACCUUUGUCGGUUUCACUGGUAUGCUGUAUAUUUUAAUUGGAGCGCACUUCCCUCCCAUAUAUUUUAAAAUGACAAUUAAAGCCAUUAUUUUGAA